GGUUGCCUGGGUAAUGAUAAACAAAACAAAGUCAGUACGGAACAAAACAGGUGUCACACAACUGCAUUUACUGCAUAAACAAUAUCAUAUUCAUGUAUUUACCACACGGUCUAUAAAAAGCAGUGACAGGUUUAUACAAUGCAGCCAAACAAAUUAAAAAUAUUGAUGAUUGGACCUGCUGAGAGUGGUAAGACAAGGAUAGCAAACUACAUAUCUGAAUCAAUAAAUAUAGAGGAAGCAGAAUCUCCUCGACCCACCCAAGGUGUCCGGAUUGUAGAGUUUGAACUGCCCAAUCUUAAUGUGAAUGGAAAAUCAAUUAACAUCGACAUAGAACUUUGGGACUGUAGUGGCGACCACAGAUUUGAAUCAUGCUGGCCAGCACUAAGGGUUGGUGUUCAAGGCGUCAUAUUAGUCUGUUCUCCUAACACUACCCAAGCCGCAGCUAGAGAGAUGGAACUUCUUUAUAAUUAUUUCGUUUCACAACCUAAGUUGUCUGCAAAGCAGUGUGUCCUCUUUUAUAAUUGUACUGAUGAACAAGAGGAAAUGGACGCCUUAAACCUUUCUCCAACAUUUGCAAAAGUUUCUCAAGUUGCAGUCAAUUUAAAAACGGGAGGAAAUCGAUUGAAAAUUGACUUCUCAAGUUACAUAACUUCAGUUCUGCACUCAAUCAAUAAAGAAAGCUAAUCUUUCUUCAUUAUCUUCAAGAAGGCUUUAAUUUCUCUCCAAACAUACUUACGUCAUCCCAGCAAAAGUUGAUAGGUAACUAAAAUACAUCCAUUCAUAGACUGGUGAACAUCUCGUUGCUUCUCUAAAAAUGCAUUACAAAAUCUUUGAAACAUGAAACAUACACCUUCUUGCCUACAUAAAGUGAAACUUAUCGAUUAUACUCAGUAAUUGUAUGUUAGUAAUUGACUCAAAUGCAAAGUAUUGCAAUUCAAUAAAUACGAUUUGACAUUUAGACAAUGAACUGUGUCUAAAGGUGAACAUUAAUUUAUUUGCGUAAGUAAACUACUUCACGCAUAUAUUUAUAAUAAUGUGUACAAAAUUGACGACUACAGAAAAAUUUGAUUCUCCAAAAUGUAUUGAUAUAGGUAAAUAUCUUUGUUUACAAAAUAUAUUAUCUUGUAUGAGGAAAAUAUGA